AUGGACCGCAGACGCACGGACCUCACGCUCAUCUGCGAGAAGACGCUGCACCGAUGGGCCGAGAACGGACGCGCCGACACCCUGAAGCAGUUGACACGCGCUUUGAGCGGUUUCUCAGGACACGAGGCGGAUUCGGAGCUGCCUCGACUGCUCUAUGAGCUCGUGUGGAUCGUGCUGGACGCCAAGUUGGCCAAACAACAAGUGCUGGGACUACUGAAGGAAGCCGAGAUGACAACGAACUCCAAGGCAUGCGAUUUGUUGACAGAUAUGCUGUGGGUCAUCGGCAAUCAAGUCGAGAUCAGUGAGCGCGGCUAUGAGCGUCACACGUCGAGGGAAUGGCGCAAUUUGUGCGCAUUGGUAAAAGCCACGGUGGACGAGAAGCUUUUGACGCUACUGAGCCUCAAGUCAACACUUGAGUUCGAUUUGCUGCACGAUGCAGAGCUAGUGUCCCAGCCGCAGCUGCUGGCGAAGAAGAUGGUGCGCAUUAAUACGAAGACCCUGUACACACAGAUCAAGUACAACCUGCUGCGUGAGGAGACAGAGGGGUUUUCCAAGGUGCUGUGUCUGCUACACACUGGGGUAAGCAAGGGCCAGCUCGAGGAGACAAAAGCUGACCUAAUAACGCUUAUCGGCUUUUUCGACUUGGAUGCGAACCGUGUCUUGGACUUGGUGCUUGACGUCUACGAGAUGAAUCCGAGAAACGAUUGCUUUACUCAUCUCCUCGAGAUAUUUAAGCGCGAUAGCUUGCCUCACGUUAUGGGUUUCAAGUUUCAGUUUUAUAAACGUGAUCCACCUGCUGUGGAGGGAGCCACGACGCCACGCUCACUCUACCGUCUAGCUGCAACGCUGCUGAACAAGGGCCUUCUCGAUUUGGACGCUCUCCUGCCACACUUGUCCCCGUCUCGUGGCGACAUCAUACAAGCGUCUGUGGAGCACGAAAAGGAGCUGAUCGAAAAAGCUGGGUCGUUUGGCCAGAUAAGUCUUGCCGGCAAAAAAGACUCAGAGAAAGCAGUGGGCUUGGAUGAAGUAGCUCUCGUUGCUGAGAAACGCAAGCAGAAUGCGGAACACAACCAGGUGUACGGGCUUAUCAUCGGUCUUUUGGAGAUUGAUGCGCGAGAACGCGCCUUUGAUAUGAUUUCGUGGUUUCAAAAGAGAGGUGCCAACCCUCUUGUGUUUGAACCGUUGAACUCGGAAGCGUGUGCUGUUGUAAAUGUGAUGAUCGAAGACGUGUAUGCGUCGUUAUCAUCCCGCAGUCUAGAGCUUGUAAGUGCCAACAGCGUGGGUUCGGCAACUCAAGUGAGCGAUCUAGCGCCCCACGCAAGCAUGAGCAGCCAUUACGUUCGUAGAGUGGCUACGCUCGACGACUGUGUGUCUGAUGUGUUCCCUAUAGUGGAGAAGAUUGGGCCUCAGUUGUUUCACGACCAGUUUCUUUUGGCAAAGCUGCUGCGCAUCGUUGGCAAGUUGGUUGAUGAUCACGCCAAGAAGGCCAGCGCUAUUGUUGAAAAGGAUGGAAAGGAUGCUGUGCUUCUAACGAAGGUGAAGUCACUGUUGAUCAGUUCAUUCUUCCCGGCCAUGUCGCUGCAGAAAUGUAAUCCGAGCUCGGCAUUCUUGAUGUGGGACCUGAUCAAAACGUUACCGUGCGAUGAGCGCUACAGAAUGUACUUACAUUGGUUCGAGUUGUACGACAAGUAUCCGGAGAUGCGCAUCAAAGAAGCUGAGGUAAUACAAAGCACGCGUGCAAUCAUGCGGCGGCUCACGGCAGAUCGGGCAAAGCUGUCAGCCCGCAGUCUGACCCACGUGUCCCACUCGAACCCGCUGAUUGUAUUUCGUACGAUGCUGCGGCAGAUUCAGUCGUACGAUAAUUUGAUUCAGCCUGUGGUGGAGUCGCUCAAAUUCGUCACGCCAUUGGGGAUGGAUGUGUUGUCAUUCGUUCUUGUCAGCGAAUUAUCGAGACCGCAGCAGUCCAUGAAGUCCGACGGGACCAAUGUCUCACUGUGGCUGACGUCGCUUGCGAAUUUUUCGGGUAGCUUCUACCGCAAGUAUCCAAACGUGGAGCUGGCAGGUCUACUUCAGUAUCUUAUCCAGCGUCUCAAAAGCUGGGCGUCGGUAGAUCUUGUCGUAUUGAGUGAGCUGCUUACAAAGAUGGGGUCGUGCUUGAGCUUGGAGGAUAUCUCAGCAAGCCAACUCGAAGCCCAAGCUGGCGGGCCGCACCUUUGGUAUGAACCGACAGACCCGAAGUUCCAAAACCGUCGUGCCAUUCCCAAACUACGCGAUGCUCUGAUCAAGCGUAACUUGGCCUUACCGUUAUGUAUCUUGAUUUGUCAGAUGCGCAGCCGCAUUGAGUACCAUGAGGACAGAGCAUUGCCACAUCUCAAGCUGCUCGGUCGAGUCUUUGAUACUUGCCAGCUUACACUCAGCCAGCUGCUGCAGUUUCUAGGUGGCGUUGUUGACCCGUCGGCGUACCGAAAGAUGCUUCCGUCAAUUACGACGCUAGUUCGUGAGUACAACGUGCCACCCGAGUUGGCGAUGUCACUCAUUCGUCCGGCGAUGCGCAGCGACGAUCCAAUAUUGCGAACCGCGCCGCGUGGUGUACAUGCUACCAGCAGUACGAAUACGGCCACUAAUGGGGUCAGUACAGCUGAAGUCGCAUCAAAUGGCACGUCCGCUGUGGAGAAAAGUUGGUAUAUGUACGAUCCCGAUGUAUUGGCGGACAUCAAGGAAGCACUGCGCGUCCAGAAUACACCCGGCGGUAAUUGUGAAGGACCGUUUUCGGUAUUAACGCCAGAGGUAUAUGCAACGUUUUGGGGCUUGAAGCUGUACGACAUCCAUAUUCCGUUCCAGCAGUAUGAGUCAGAGAUUUUGCGCUUGAGGAACUCUAUCACAUCUGGCGCAAACGCGUCGCUCAGUGCAAGUGAGCGGAAGAAGCUGAAAGAUAAGACCACGCAGAUGAUCGAUGUGCUUACGACGGAACAAAAAGACCAGGUGGUUCAUCGAAAACGCGUAUACGAGCGACUAGAGAAGAUGAAAGGAACGUUUUUCACGUUUUUCAAAAACGAACCGAACGAUUAUCAAACUGCGAUUGACGAGCUGCUUCAGAAGUGUGUGAUUCCACGCUCGCUAAUAUCACCUGAAGACGCACUAUUUGCCGCCAAGUUCAUGGAGCGCCUACAUACCUUGUCGACACCACAACUUAGCAGUCUGCAGUAUUUCCACAAGGUAAACGUGAAGGUGUCAGCGCUAGUGCUAUGCGCGACGGAGCGUGAGGCGAGCAACUUUGGCUUUUUCAUGAAGGAGACACUGGGGCUUAUUCUGCGGUGGUACCAGAACGGCGCGACGUAUGAUGAUGAAGCGGUCCAUGGCAAGAUUGGCAUGAGCUUAGAUCUGACUGACGACACGAAAUGUAUCGCCCACCGCCAGUUUAAGGUGGCGUAUGCUCGUUGGCACCAGCAGCUCGAGCUUGUGUACAAAACAGCUCUUUCGAGUGGCAAGUACAUGCCGAUCCGCAACACUUUGGUGGUACUCACAAAGCUGAUUGACGUAUUCCCAGUGGGCUGUGGAACAGCUGAGGUGAUCUUGGCUAUUGUGGAAAAGCUGACAAAUGAAGAUAGGGAAGAUAUCAAGAUCAUGGCUAAGCGCUACUUUGCUCUGCUCACGAAGCGCAAGGCGUCGCUGACUGACGAUAGGAUCCUGCGCACUCGCUAUACUCUAUCGAAGCCUCUAGCUGCUGUAUCAUCAAGCAAUGACAAAAAGGGUGCAACCGAUGGGGAGAACGCGACGGAUCCUGCUGACGACACCGAAGGCAAUGAAGGCAAACGCGAAGGUGUAACCGUGCCAGCGCCAAGUCGUGCGGAGUGUCAAGAGAUCGAAAGUGGCGAAAUCGUGCUGGGAAAAAGCAGCAACUACAGCGAUGUCGCUUCUACGCGGAUGAAAGAGCGAACCUCGGAGCGUGAACGAGGUGGGGAUCGUAGUCGGGACAGCCGCAGUGGACAAGGCAGCUCAAUUGACGCUGGUCAUGACCGUAGCAGUCGUGCAGAACGUGAAGAGCCUGAGCAUCGCCAAGAUACUUCGGUGGAUACAUCUGUCGAACACGGGAUGGAGGAAAAACGCGGUCGUCGAGACUACCGCGAUCGUGAGUUGUCGCCCGCGUUGGCGAGUCAAAGUAGCUCAACAAAUAGUCGAGCGUUCGAAUCGCGCGAACGCAGUGGGUCGGCAUCCCGCAAUUUCGAGAAAGCAUCGACACCGCUGCGCAGUCGGUCAGGGGAUCGUGCCGAUGACCGUAGUACCGUGAGUGCCAAUCGAUCUUCACGGGAAAGCGAGCGUGCGCGCGAACGUGGACAGGUCUACCGUGGCAUUCAAGGUGACCGUUUUGCAAGCGCCCGCCACAGCAGCCGCAGUGGCAGUCAUGAUCGUCACGAACGCAGCUCGCGAAAUCGUGAUUCGAUCUACGGACGCGAAGGGAACGAGGUGGCAAGGCAACCAGAGCUGUCCGAAUCGACUUCAGCGCGAAAUGACGAGCCGGUCAAGCCGCCGUUGUUACCACAGCCCGAUCACGUGUCUGAGUCAUCCACCCCAAAUUGGGGAACGAGAGCAGGGCAUGAGACCGUGGCUACUGAGCCUCCUUCAGUCGAAGUUGUGCACAAGAGAGUCCGAUCUGCUGAGCAGUCGGAGGCCGCGUUGCGUCGUCAGCUUACCGCCGAUAAGGAGGCCAGGGCCAAAGAGCUGCUAUCUGGCGAGCGCAGUAGACCUGGAGCGCGUGAUCGGAUGCGUCCUCCGCUUUCGUCGUCAGUGGCUGCAUCUCCAGCGGCAAAGGUCCCGACGGCCGUUGCUGGAAGUCUUGCUGGUGGUGCGCGCAAGAUCGUGUCACUGGUGUCUUCGUCUCGCAAGCGUGAGCGUGAGCCUACUACGGCUGAAGAAGUAUCUCCGAGCAACGCAAUGGAAGCAAACCGGCGUCGUGAUGGUGGUAGCAAUGGCACCCGAGGCGAGCUGAAGCGCGGACAUGACGACAAGCGCAAGCGAAAGAUGAAGGGGAAUGGCGUGGACGGAAACAGCGGGAACCAGAUGCAGCAGCAGCAGCAGCAUCAGCUCCAGCAGCGCGACCAAAUGCGUGGACGUCAAGACCGAGGCGGGCGGCACGCAUCGGGAAACUUUGACCGACGGAGCGACCACGACGAUCGUGGUGUAAAUGGUAUGAGCGGUGGCCGUCGACGUGAGCGCAACGACAUCCGUGGAGGUCGUCGGUAA